AUGAAUUUCAAACCUUCAUCAAUAUUCACAUUAUUCAUUAUUAUCUGUCUUAUUACAAUCACCACUGCCCAGAGUAAUUUGCCUGAUUGUAGAGGUAAUCUAAAAAACAUUAAUGUAAUAUCCCCAACACCAGAGGAAACUAUUCCAAAUGAAGGUUCAAUUAAUAUUUCAUACGAAACUACUCAACCACAAGAGGGUGAAGUCAUUUCCCUUCACGUCAUUUUGCUCGAUGAGAGUAAAGCUAAGGUUUAUGAAGUCGUAGCUGAUCAGAAAUUAGAUGGGCAACCGCACCAAGCCAGUGUUCCCUGGCAACGUAUUAAAGAUAAUUCAACCGUUUAUAUUCAAUUCUUUGAAAACUAUCUUUCAGCUGAUCAACAUGUCACCCGAAUUUCUUGCGACAUAAAGCUUCACAAUACUUCGUCACAAGAUAAUAAGUUAGUGAAUAAACAAAUUGUGGAAGAAAUCUAUUCAAGAAUUCAACAUACGAUAAAUCCUAUUGACGCCGGUGAUCGUGUACUUGUCGCAAUAAUCAAAGCUCUAAUUGCUUUAAAUAAUGAACCAUCAAGUCCAAGACAACUUGCGGAUUGUAUACAGGAUUAUGACUUUACACAGUUAGGUGGGCAGACCCCGUUUGCCACAGUGUCGGGUCACAUAUCAACUCAUUUCUCUCGUGUCCGUCAACGAAUAAUUCCAAAGCCAAUUAUAGGGAAGCAGCCUCACCCAACGAUUACAAAGAGAUCAUUAUAUUAUUUUCUGGAUCCUGACAACGUUUUACGAGAUUUACUUUCAGAGUACUUUCCGGCUCAAACACCACCGGAUUCACCAACCACAACCAUAAGUGAGGAUCAAAGUUACGCUGACACUCCAACGACGCCGUCGGAUAACAAAGAUGUCAACUUUAUAGAAACAAACGGUGAAUCUAUCAGUGAUACCGAAAAUCAAUCCCCUCAACAAAAAAAUCUUCAGAAUAUCCGAGCAAAAGCUCCAACGAUUGAAACUGCUGCUGCGCCUCAUGGAAAUGCAGGUGACACGAAGGACAGGACGAAAAGGUCAUACGAUACAGGGGAGAGGAAUGCUGUGAUACAACCCUUAUCCCUUAAUUAUUUGCCCCCAAAUCCAACACGUAAUCCUGAAUCACCGAGGGUCCCCUUAACCCCUGACAUACAUAUAAUGAGAAUAAAUGGGUUAGAAGUUUUCACGACCAGAGCAAAGAAUGGGACCGUGUUGUUGCGCAGAGUUGACAAUGGUUACGUUGACAAAUAUUCAUUAUUAGAAGCUGGUGGACGGAGGGCGAGAAACAGCGAUCGAAAAUGGAUUUCAUUGGAGGAAGCACAGAUAUUGGCAUCAGAACUAAAUAUAGAGCAAAAUCUUGGCAUAUUGCUUUAUGAAAGACUGUUCGAUUAUUUCGAUGUUGAUUUGGAUUAUGCUAAUACGUCUAAUGGUUGUUGCGCAGGUCUCGCGUAUUGGUUUCAAUGCGUUAGUCCCAAAAAAAUUUUCCUUGAAUGA